GCCCCUCUGCCCUCGUCUCCCGCAGAGCGAUGGUGCGGAGGGCGCCCGGCGUGUCCCUCGCCCUGCUCCUCUGGGUGACGGCAGCCUGCGGCAGCCCAGACGGGCCGGGGGCCGCCGCCGCUCGAAGGCAAGACGAGGCGUUCGCCACGGCCAGAUGCGCCUCUAGGUGCCUGAGCCUGCAGAUCACCCGCAUCUCCGCCUUCUUCAAGCAUUUCCAGAACAAUGGGUCACUUGCUUGGUGCCAGAAUCAUAAACAGUGUUCAAAGUGCCUGGAGCCCUGCAAAGAGUCCUGGGACCUGAAGAAAAACCAUUGCCAAAGCUUCUGUGAGCCUCUUUUCCCCAAGAAGAAUUAUGAAUGCCUAACUAGCUGUGAAUUCCUUAAGUAUAUCCUGUCUGUGAAGCAAGGGGACUGCCCAGCACCUGAGAAGGCCAGUGGUUUUGCAGCUGCCUGCGUUGAAAGCUGUGAAACUGAUAUUGAAUGUUCUGGAGUGAAGAAAUGCUGUUCCAAUGGAUGUGGUCACACGUGCCAAAUUCCAAAAAAUCUGUACAAAGGUGUUCCACUGAAACCUCGGAAAGAAUUAAAAUUCAUAGAACAUCAGUCUGGAGACCUGGAGGUGAAGUGGUCUUCAAAAUUCAAUAUUUCCAUUGAGCCUGUGAUCUAUGUUGUUCAGAGGAGGUGGAAUCAAGGAAUCCAUCCAAGUGAGGAUGAUGCUACAAACUGGCAAACUGUGGCACAGACCACGGAGGAGCGCGUUCGGCUGCCGGACACCCGCGCGAGCCGGUGGUACCAGUUCCGCGUGGCUGCGGUGAACGUGCACGGGACGAGGGGCUUCACAGCACCCAGCAAGCACUUCCGCUCCUCCAGAGAUCCAUCUGCUCCACCAGCUCCAUCUAAUAUCAGGAUUGCCAAUAUCAGUGCAAACAAUGAUGGGAGUGUAAAUGCAAUGAUCACUUGGGAUCUUCCAGAAGAGCCUGAUAUCCCAGUGCACCACUACAAAGUCUUCUGGAGCUGGACAUACAGCAAAUAUGUAAUUCCAGCAAAAAAAAAGAGAAGGAAGAUUACUGAUGGGGCCCAAAAUUAUGUGGUCCUGGAGGGGCUCCAGCCCAACAGCAACUACAAUGUGGAGCUGCAGGCAGUAACACGUUGGGGUCAGAUACGCCUAAAAAGUGCUAAGGUUUCUCUCCAUUUUAGCACCACUCAGGACAUCAGGAAUAAUAAAGAACGGACAUCUGCUGGGAAACCACAGAAAGGACUGGUAGAUCACUAUCCAACCUUUCAAAGAAGGAAAACCACUCGUUUUCUUAAAAUUGGAACUCCCUUCUAUCAGGACAAUCAACUUCAGGUCAAAGUCUACUGGAAGAAGACAGAUAUCAGCAUGAAUCAAUUCCAAGUCCACUGGUUACUGGAGUCCUGUGCACACAAUGACACCAAAGGACAUAGGAAAGUCACAGAGCUGACUUACGAAAACUACAUUAUUCUGAAGGACUUGUCAUUUUCAUGCAAAUACAAAGUAACUAUUCUGCCUGCAAAAUCUAAAGGUCGUUUUAAGGCUGAGAGUACGUUCUUUGUUACCCCACCUUGCUCUGCAUUUAAAGAAAAAAAACACAAGCACAUUAAUUGUCCUGCUGAAGGAGUGCCAGUCGUACCCAAAGUGUUGGCCAAACCCGAGAAUCUGUCUGCAUCUUUCAUUGUUCAGGAAGGUAACAUCACUGGUCAUUUUAGCUGGAAGAUAUCCAAGGCAGAUCUUCACCAGCCCAUGACAGGGUUUCAGGUCACUUGGGCAGAAGUGACCACAGAGAGCCGGCAGAACAGUUUACCCAACAGCAUCAUCUCGCAGUCACAGAUACUGCCAGCAGAUCAUUACAUACUCACUGUGCCCAACCUGAGGCCCUCCAUGCUGUACCGCCUGGAAGUUCAAGUGCUGACCACUGGAGGGGAAGGGCCAGCCACGAUCAAAUCCUUCCGGACGCCUGACCUUCCUCCAUUUGCACCCCACAGACCUCAUCUGAAGCAACAUCAUCCACAUCACUACAAGCCAUCCCCAGAGAAAUACUAGACUGUUUCAGAUGAUUAUACAAAUAACUGAGGGAAAAAACUGAGCUUCCAAAUGAGGGCUGGGUAACAGCACAUCUGUUGGAGCAGUGAACCCAGCUUUCCAAUGGAAGUUACCAUCCUGUACGAUCUGUAUCUAUUUCUCUGUAGUUUAGCCAUGAAGAAUAAUGUUUGCACCAUCACCAAGAUGAAUCAUACAGCAAGUAUCAUUUCAGUACCAGCACUAUUCAACAAACUGAAGAUUGCAUCCAACUUAACACCUGUGAGAAAAUGUUCAUUAUAUUGUUCCUUAUAAUAUUUUCGUAUUCUGUGUU